UCGACGAGGUCGUAUCGUUGUUUUGCUUGGCUGUAAUUUCGCCGAGCUAGCAUCACUUCAACUCCACGUGCUGUUCUAGCUUUCGUACUUUGAAACAUCUAUUUAAUUCAUCUAAUAACAUAAAUAAUUAUAUUGUUAUUCAGUUAUUUGUUUUGGACGUAUUUUAUUAUUUAAAAAAAACUUUAUCCCACAAUCAUUUUGUUUUUUUUUUAUAGUACAUAAGUAUUUGUUUGCCGGUUGAAAAGAUAUUUUUCAUGGUAAAUGUAAAUAUAAUUUACCAUAAACUUGAGUAAAUAAAAAAAUUAAUGGCACGUUAUAACUGUGAAACAAAAGUAAACGAAAUUAACAAAAAUAAAAAAAAAAUAAUCAAGUGUUAAGUGUCAAUUCUCGUGUCUCCACAUCAAUCCUAAGAGAAUCUUAGGGAGAUGAUGUGAGGAAAUUUAUUAGCAUUCGUGCGUGCAGGAUGCGGAUAUUGCUCUCAGCAAUUGAGCUGUUGCUGCUAGCACUGAUCUUCGGAUCUAGUGCAAGACGUGAUGAUGUCUCUGGCGAGGACGUCUUCGGUGGACAACGAAACCGUGGGAAAUAUAAUUCCAACUACAAUUCACAAGAACAAAUCAACUCUCCUUUCUUGUCGCCUUAUCAGCAAACCCGAGAAAGGAAACCCAACAUUGUCUUGAUACUCACUGAUGAUCAAGAUGUAGAACUUGGUUCACUCAAUUUUAUGCCAAGAACUUUACGACGGCUGCGAGAUGAAGGAGCAGAGUUACGACAUGCUUAUGUUACAACUCCAAUGUGUUGUCCUAGUAGAAGCUCACUAUUGACUGGCCGUUAUGUUCAUAAUCAUCAUGUUUUUACUAACAAUGACAAUUGUAGCAGUCCUCAAUGGCAACGAGAUCAUGAACCACAUACAUUUGCUACUUAUUUAAGCAAUGCUGGCUAUCGAACAGGAUACUUUGGUAAAUAUCUGAACAAAUAUAAUGGCUCCUACAUUCCCCCUGGAUGGCGUGAAUGGGGUGGUCUUAUAAUGAACUCACGGUAUUACAACUACAGCGUCAACAUGAACGGAAAGAAGAUAAAGCACGGUUUCGAGUACAGUAAAGACUAUUAUCCAGACCUGAUAGCGAAUGACAGCGUAGCGUUUUUACGUCAGAGCAAGCACAAUUUUGCCAGGAAACCGGUGAUGCUUGUGGCAAGCUUUCCAGCACCCCAUGGACCUGAGGAUUCAGCGCCACAAUUUUCUCACCUCUUCUUCAACGUCACUACCCACCACACUCCUGCUUAUGAUUACGCUCCAAAUCCAGAUAAACAAUGGAUUCUUCAAGUUACCCAAAAGAUGUUACCGAUACAUAAACAAUUUACUGACCUCUUAAUGACAAAGAGACUACAGACUCUUCAGAGUGUUGAUGCUGCUGUGGAAAGGAUCUAUCAAGAGCUGAAGGAUCUUGGAGAACUUGACAACACUUACAUUAUUUAUACAUCAGAUCAUGGCUAUCAUUUAGGUCAAUUUGGUUUGAUUAAAGGCAAAAGUUUUCCAUUUGAAUUUGAUGUAAGAGUGCCGUGUCUCAUUCGUGGACCAGGAAUUACUCCUGGAUCUGUAGUGGAUGAAAUUGUUUUGAACAUUGAUUUAGCGCCAACAUUUCUGGAUAUUGCGGGCAUAGAACCACCACCACAAAUGGAUGGAAGAUCUUUUAAAAAACUUUUCUUAACAAAUAAGCAAGGACGUCGAACCAAGUUUAAGUGGCCCGAUACGUUUUUAAUUGAGUCAUCUGGUCGUCGAGAGACUCCGGAGUCAAUAGCCGAAGCUAAAGCUCGAGAAGCAAGGCGUCAGAAUGCAACUCUAGCAAAGCAAUUACUUGAUGCAACAACAGAUAAUGGAGCAAUGGACGGUGAUACUGAAUUUGAGACCGAUAGGAUAUUGGAAAAUGAUACAGGAAGCGACCAAGACAUUUCCGAGGACGAGGACUUUGAAGAUUCGAUUGGAGAUGAAACUAAUUCUGACAUUCACCUUGACAACGGCGUGAAUCCUUUUUUAAGUUUGAAUUCCAAACACGAACGUUUGGCUUACGAGUGCUCAAGGCCCGAGGCUCAGACCAAUUGUUUACCAGGUCAAAAGUGGCGGUGUGAAAAGGAAGGACACCGCUGGAGACGAUAUAAGUGCAAAUACACAUCGAUGCCCCCUGUUUCUGUGCAUAAAUCAUCCAGAAAAUGUGCUUGCUUUACUCCGAACGGUGUUGUAUACACAAGACUCGAAUCGAACGAUUUCCCUCGAGAAAACCACAGAUUUUAUGAUAAUUCAAAUAGAUUUUUCAACAAAAGGGGAAAAAGAAGUGCUGUUGAUGAAGAGAGAAUAAAGGAAAAUAUUCGAAAAGACUUUGAUAGAGAACAUGAAUUUGAUGUCGAUCUGGAAGAUAAUCGAGAUAGAAGAGAGAUCGAUGAAGAAGACGAUGAAGAUUUUAUUGAAGAAUUAAUGAAUCUCAAUGAUGAAAUAUUACAUGAAAAUCAGUUUAAUCAACAUAUAAAUCAAUAUAAUAAUUUUUAUACAAAUGAGCUAGACAUAGAUUCAAUAUCUCCAAAGAAUAAUCGAUUUUUUGAAAAACUUAUUUUGGAUAUAUUACGAGAUAAAAUUGAUGAUUUAGGUGCUACAAAACGUUAUAAUGAUCUUGGAAAAAAUUUGACGAUUCAUAAAAUCGUUAAAAGAUCUUUUGACGUAGAUAAUUUAAUGAAAGAACAUCGAAGAGUGAGACGGAAUGUGACAAAAAAGGAUACCAUAGAACAUGUAACAAAAAUUAUGGAAAGCAUUGAAGAAGAACUAGAUGAUUUGAAAGAAACUCAAGUAAAACAUUCAAAUGGAUCAGAGAUAGCUGCUCCAAAAUGUUUGGUUUUACCUAAAGGUGGAGUUAAUUGUACGACAUCUGUUUAUUUGGAUCCUAAUGAAUGGAAACUUUCUAGAAAAGCUAUUGAAAAGCAAAUUAGAGAGAUGAGAAUGCAAUUGAAAAGUUUGAAAGAAAUUCGUAAACAUUUAAUGGAUGAAAAACCGCAUUUCAUUUCUGAAAAUUUUGGAGAAUCAGAUGCUGCACACCGACAUGAACAAUCUCACCAUCACCAUCUUCAUCACUACUUCAAAAAUCAUACUGGUCGUCACCACAAAAAACAUGAGAAAACUGCAGGAACUGCUACAACUACUACAACUUCUUCAACUCAAGUAAAGUUUUCAAGCCCUUUUAGCACUACUGAACUAACCACAGAGAACUCUGUAGUUGAAGGAUUUGAUAAAUCCACGUAUGAAUCAGCAACUCUUGGAAAAAUUUCGACAACUGAGUGGCUGAGAACGACAGCCCCAACAAUUUUAAAACAACGUAAAAGUUCUCGAAGACAGAAAAUUAAUAGAGAAAACGUAGAAAAUCAUGAAGAAGAUGAAGAAAAGCCAAAGAGACGGAAGAUUCAUCAUCUCAGAGUAAAAAAUAAUACAGUUUUGACAAAUAAUAUUAAUGAUAAUGUUUCAAACAUAAAUUUAACUAAUUCAUCGAAUCCAUUGAAUCAAUCUACUGAUGCUAUUGACAAGGAGUCAACAUUAGAAAUAAUAAAAACAACUCAAUCUGUCACUUCUACAAUAACUCCAAAAUCUUCUACGAGCAUUUCUACGACAAUCACAUCAAACACGCCCCCAUCAUCAAGUUCUAUUUCAACAAAUAAACCUACAACUCCUAUUUCUACAAUAUUAAAAAAACCAUUACGAAUACCGAGAAAUAGAACUGGAUUGGGUCCUGCCCGGAUUGAUGUAACAAUUUUAGAGCCACCUGAUCGUAAGCAUAAACAAGGAAGUAUAGCAACAACAAGUAACAAUGGACGACUUCCCCCUUUGUCGAAUAGUCCUUUAGAAGCACGUCACAAGUGCUACUGCGAACCGGACAAUCAGCCAAAGAAGGAUGAGAAGGAGAUUGCCAAAGAAGAGAGAAAAAGACUGAAGGAAGAACGAUUGAAAAAAAAGGAACGUAAGUUGAAGAAAAAAGCCAAGUUAGAAAAAGAAUGUCUUACUGAAAAAAUGAAUUGCUUUGAGCAUGAUAAUGAUCAUUGGAGAACUGCACCUAUGUGGAGCGCUGGACCGUUCUGCUUUUGUAUGAAUGCUAAUAAUAAUACAUAUUCUUGUGUACGAACUAUAAAUGUCACUCAUGAUUUCCUAUAUUGUGAAUUCACCACGGGAAUUGCUACGUUCUAUAACGUGAGACUUGAUCCGUUCGAACAACGGAAUAAAUUGUCGUCACUGACCCCUGCUGAAAGAUCUUAUCUUCAUGAUCAAUUGGAACAUUUGAAGGGAUGUAAAGGAGCUAGGGAUUGUACAGUGGGGAGUGCAAGAGAAGCUAUUACUUCCCCUCAAACUCAACAACAUCAACGAUUUCUAACAAAAAGAAAGAAUGGUGCUCCUUAUGAUGACAUAUUUAUGCCAUCAGCAUUGCAGAUAAUUCGUGAAGAACAGCUUGGAAGUCCCCAUAAAAGACGUAAAAAAAUAUCAAACAUGUGGAAUCGACGGGGUAGAAGUUGGCAGAGUAAUUGGAGACACAUGGAUAGAAACGAUAGAAAUACUCGACGACAUCGACAUCCAUCCUAAAAAAAGUUAUAUUUUAUUUAUUUAUUUUUUUUCUCGAAUAAUGAGUAAAAGAUGAGCUUGAUCAUGAGCUUUUGAAAGAACUAGAAACGAAUUGAGUAGUGCAGAAUUAUUUUCUACAUUUACUUAACGAAUGUAAUCCAAUAGGAUGCUCUGAUAAUCUUUUACAGUUCUCAAAAAAUCUAUCUGAGAUCUCGAUUUUGUUUUAAAUUAAGAUUAGAAGUCAUCCAAAUUUUUUAGAAAUCAUUUUUUUUUAUAGAUUUUAACUUGAUACGUCUGGCUGUUAAAAAAUUGUAUCUUAUAUACAUUCUUUUAUACUCUUUACUUGUUUACUUUUUUACUACUUCUCAUUUUUUUAGAUUGCUUAUUUGUUAAUCAUAUUUACUAAUAAAUGAGGCAAUCAUUUUUUGAAAGCAUUCUUGCUUCAUUUUCUAUACUAGUAAAUAAAAAAUAAAUGUUUUUACAUUAAUAAGUAGAGGCCUGAAUGCACAACGAAGUAAAUUUUAAAAAAUUAUUUCUGGCUGCCAUUUAUUUUUCAAGAACAUUUGUAACUCUAGUAAAAUGUAAAUGAACAUCUAUGUAACUAAAUAGCAGCAUAUAGAAAGAGUUCUCAAUUAAUACUGCGAACAAAAAACUAUGAUUCAAGUCAUUUUUAUGACUUUAUUACUUACUGAACAAUGUUCUGUUAUAGUUUUUUAAUCAAUUAAAUUCCAAACCUCUACUGUCUCAAAUUUUAAACAAAAUCGUAUACUGCCAUAUUCUUUUUGAAGCUGCCGAUUCAAAACAAUCAAAGAUACAUACAGGUAUACCACAUAAAUCGAUAAAUUAGAACAUUUUUACUGAUUUUAAUUGAGAAAAAAAUUGAUGAUUGGGAAAAUUGCAGUAAUUAAUCCAAUAAAUAAGUAUUUUAAAACAGGUAAAAUGGCAUUGGAGUGAAUUGUAAAUAAUAUGAUGUAUGUAAACAGUUGAUUUUAAUUCUACUAAUGAAAAAAUCGAAAAUUGUAUCAACCACUAAUAAGAGAUCUUGUAAUAAUUGAAUUGAUAAUCGUACAUCUAAUCAUCUAAUGAGAAUUAAGUUACGUGAAUUAAAAGAAAUAAUUGUUUAUCAGACAUGUAUGUAAAAUUAAUAUUAUCAGAUAUACUCGUUCAACGUGAUUAUUCUU